UACUGAUAUUUAGAAAUGCGGGUGUAUUUAUACGAAAACUGGUGACAUGUGCGUGGUCGACUAGGCCUAGAAGUGGUUACUAAUUUGAAACAAAAUGCUGAAAUCCAAAAGUCAACUUCCAAGCCAGCGACGCCUUCGUCAGCCAGUAGAAGGAGUUUUCUGUAAUUACACUCAUCGGACUUGUAUGCACAACAGAAUUGAUAGCUAUGAUUAUUGCAUCAGACACAUUCUUGAAGACAAAAAUGCACCAUUCAAACAGUGUGCUUUUAUUUCAAGCAAAAAUGGAAAACGGUGUCUGAAUGCAGCACCAAAAGCUGAUAGGAAAGAUGGGUACUGUGCAGAACAUUCACGAAGAGCAGUAUUGCUUCGGCAGAGAUCCACUAGAAAGGCACAACCCAAAGAGACCGCUGAAAGUCUGCUAGAGGACCUGGAUCACUUUAAAGGUGUGCAGGACAGCCGAAGAAUCAAGGGUUAUUCUGACAGUGUGGCCAGCAAAGUCCUAGAGUAUGCUAGUUCUGAGGACUCUGAUGUUGAGCCUCCUUUGGUGGACCAGGCUUGGAGAGGGGAUGGCGACAGUGACCCAGAGAGUAUAGACAGUGAUCAGGAGGACCUACUCAAACAUGCUGGUGUGUACACAGCAGAGGAGGUGGCCCUGGUAAUGCGGGAUAAACUCAUUCGUCUACAGUCACUCUACAUUGACCAGUUCAAAAGACUUCAACACAUCAUGAAGGAAAAACGACGCAAAUACUUGCACACUCACAAACAGGAGAAAGAAUCUCUCGGAAGUUUAUCUGUUUACAAAGAAGGUCCAGAGACGAGAGACAAAUACUCUAAACUAAAGGCCCUCAAGCGAUACCACAAAAGGCAUGGAAAGGAAGCAUUGCUACAUCGUCAGUCAAAGCAGAGGAGAAUCGCUGUGUCUGAGGGGGCCAAUUACCGACCGCCAUCCUAUCCAAAGUGUGUAUAUGUUGAAGAUGGAAAUAAGUGUUCCCACAGAGCCCUGCCACUGUCGAAGUACUGUUCACAACACAUUCUGACUGACCAGUAUCAGGUGUUGUACCGACCUUGUCAGUUUGGUGGAGGUAGGUGUGGUCAGCCUGUGGUCACUCUAGAAGACAAUGCCCGCUGUCCAAUCCACUCCUCACUCAAGGAUAUGGAGACAAGGUUUCCUCUCAAACCUGAGGAGACGGAUGAUGAGCUUGACCUUGAUGAAGCAGAGCUUUUGCCUAAAGACAUCUUGCUACCUCAUCUAGAUGCCUUGCAAGCCAGGGAUGCAAUGGCUCAUCAUCUUUUGUCCAAAAACCCGGAACUUCCAGAGUCAAUUUUCUCUGGUUCAGAGCCCGAUGACCAUCCCAUGUCCUUUGGACAAGACUCAUUACAGAACCUGAUGCCUUCAAAACAUUUAAUUGACUCUGAUCUCAGUAUCAAAAUUCAUCUUGACCAACAACAGUCUUCUUCAAAUAUGUCAUCUGCUUCUUCAUCAUCAUCUCCCUCUCCCUGGUCAGAUGACACCAAAGAAGAAAAGAAGGUGGCAUAUGGACCACUGUUACUUCAGCACUUGCAGGGGAAGGUAGACCUUACUAAUCUUCACAAUCGUCCACGUGUGUGUUUAGCUACAACUAGUCCCAGACCAACCACAAGUAGUACUAUUGCAUCAACACCAGAGUCUGUUGUAACAUCUGAGGUGUCUGUAUCAACUCCUCUCUCCACCACAUCAUCCACGCUCACUGCAAGCUCUUCAGAGAAUCACAAUGGCAAUGAACUCUCACAAAAUGGUGAUAGCAUGGAUAUAUGAAGUAAAAGAUUCAAACCAAACAGGAAAAUUAAAAUAAAUGAAAAAAAUAAAGGACUGAACUGGGCAAUCCUCUUAACUUAAUAAAAAAAGUUGUGAGAUUACCAAACUUACAUGUACACUACCAUAAGAUGUUCAUUGUGCUAUAAUAGAUACUCUGUUUACAGACAAUGCUGUCUGCCUUCAGAUAUUUUACUAUAUUUGUUAUUUGUUUACACUGGAUUUUGUUGACAUUAAAUUAAAAUUUUGAUUU